AAGGUGAAAAGCAUGUCCUUCCGAUCCUGAAUCCUAAUUUCCUUUCUUUGUUGUUGAGGCGGUGGAGAAUCCUAAUAUAUUUUCUUUAAAUCCCAGACCGUUCUUCCAGUGGGGCUUUUGAGCUCGGACUCCUCACAUUGCUUCUCUUACGCCUGUCCAGGGUUUACGAUAAUUGGUGCGAGCCAUCUUGAAGAGGGGGCAGCUGGGUAGUUUCCGCCACGGCCGCGAGAGAACGAACAUUGACCUGAUUUUUUCAGGCAGCCGAUGAUACGAAUGUUGUCAAUCUCGAAGGGAAUCGCAAGAGAAAAAGAGAGCAUCGGAUCGAUUUAUGGGCGCAACAGGCUCUGGUGCUUCGGAACGGCAUUGCAUAGGAGAGCAUGUAUGCCGCCGAGAAAGUAUGAUGAUGGCGAUAUCUUUCACGUCUUUGCUCAUGGGCGAAAAUCUCACAUCUCGAUGCAGCCAGUGAGAUUCAGACCGAGGAUCCAAUUGUUGGUGAUGGCAUUUGGCCUGUAUUGCAGAAAGCUUUUUCCAUGGCACCAAGGUGGCCAUGGAACAACCUUAUCCCUGUGCAAAUGCUCCAUCUCACGCUUUAAUAAGCACAGACGCACAGACACAUUCAGGCUUUGGAUCACUACUGAAUGUGGAAAAUUGCAAGAGUCUCCUUGUGAAAUUGCCAUCUUGCCUCAAGGAUUUCGUUUUGCUGUAGAUUUGCCAGAUGGCCCAUCACGUGGUUAUGUAGCUGAGAUAUUUGGCACCCACUUUCAACUUCCUGAUCUUGGCCCAAUAGGUGCUAAUGGUCUUGCUCUGCUCCAAGGGAUUUUCUUCUUUCAUUAGCCUGGUUUGGUGGGGAACUUUUUACUGCAAGACAAGGUUUUUCACCUUUCAAGGAUUUAUUUGUCCAGCAGAUAUGCUUGAUUUUUAAUCCACACCAGCCUGAAGCGAGAAAAUAUUAUGCUCGUCUUCCAAAUACAUAAAAAUACCUGACUGCAAGGUAUUCGGCAGGUUAGAAUUGAAGAAAUAAAUUACCCGAUGUUGGUCUUUAUUAUGGAGGGUUGAAGUUUUCAAAAAAAAAAUUCUUGGAAUGAUACUCAGGAGUUCUCAAGAUGAUGCAAAUUUUCGGCGCUUGCUGAAGUCAAGUGCCAUUAAGCUGAUUGAGUUCGGCAUUACUGCAUGUCAUAAUCAAUGCCAUAGCUCCAUUGUUUCUGCAAGGCAUUACUGAGUCCCUGAUGUGUACUUGGGUAGGCGCUAGUCCUGGCCAUUAAAUUUACUAGCUGAGCCAAGUUUGGCUCUGCGACUGCACUUCUUCUCACUUUCUUUCUUUACCCGGAAAAGAAGAGAGAAUAUUGCAUAUUUGUCCCAUAACUUGUUUCCAGUCUCGUUGUAUUUGACUGAAACAGAGGAAGCGAAGGGAAGCAUACAAAUAGUCUAGAGCUGCGUUUGGGUUGGUCCAUGAAAAUUCCUUCAAUUUGCAGAUAAUAUGAAUGGUGCAAUCUUCUUGGCAUUAAAAUGUGGCAGGUUUCUUCGUUUUAUUUUGGCUUUAUAUUCAGAAUGGAUGUGGGGUGAUGUGGGCGAUAUUUUAGUAGAUUGGCCUGUACCAUUAGAGCAUAAACAGCUUCUUGUAGUGGGAGAUUCAUGAUGGUGAAGCCUUCUUUAAGAGGUGGCAAUGGUGGUGUAGAAUCACCGCUCUUAGUUUCUUCUUCUUCUUCUCUGUCAGACAUUCUUUCAAACACAGACAGUGCAAGCAAUAGUUAGAAAAUGGGAAGGAUUUCUCUGAGGUGGAUGAUGAAAUAUUGAUGUAGUGUUUGGAUCCUGAAAUUUCUGAUUUCGGUUGGCAGUUUAAAACAAGUGUGUGUGACACGUUGGAUCAAAAAGUAUACGUAUGGGGAUGGGGAGAUGGAAUUUUCUAAGCUAAACUCUCCGGAAUUCUUAAAUCUAAACCAUUGGAUGCAUCUUGUGGUGGUAGAAUAAACACUUACAAUUUAACUUUUCGAAAAGAUAAUAUAAAGUAGGAAAUGAUGUGGAGAUGGUAACACGUGUCCACAUCAUAAAUAAAAGGUUUAGAUUUAAUCAAUUAGCAUAAAUUGCUUGAAUUUGUGGGUGUGUUGAUUAAUUUAUAUAAUUUCAAGUUAAAAAAAAAAAACAAAUAGUAGCGUGCCAUGGACUCUCACCUAUUGCAGCGGCAAGUCGGCAACAUGUUAAAAAAUAUCGAAUUUAAAUCUUAAAAAUCAAAAAAAGAGACGUUGUUGAGGCGGUCGAGAAUCCCUAUUCUCACGGGGAAAAGAAAAAAGUCUUCCGAUCCUGAAUCCUGAUGUCCUUUCUUUCAUGUUGAGGCGGUGGAGAAUCCUAAUUAGUAUAUAUUUUCCUUAUUAAUCAUACGCCUAUCUGAUUACAAAGUAAAUCCCAGACCGUUUUUCCAGUGGGGCUUUUGAGCUUCGAUUCCUCACGUUGCUUCUGUUACGCUUGCCUAGGGUUUACGAUGACUGGUGCAAGCCACCUUGAAGAGGCGCAACUAGGUAGUGCCGGCCAGGGGUCGCCAGAGAAGGAACAUUGACCUGAUUUUUUCAGGCAGCCGAUGAUACUAAUGUUGCCAAUCUGUAUGUAUUCUCAAUUAGAACGGCAUCUCUUCCUUCUCCUCACAUCAGAUUCUAUCAGUCACCACUGAAACCCUAACUUUACUCACAAAAUUGUUAGAGUUGUUUGUUUGUUACAGAUAUUUAAAUAGGUAUACAGAAUCACAUAGUUCUGGUGAAAUUGAAGGGAUGGAGAGGAGGGAGUCAGGAAAAGACCUCGGCUUUGUGGGGGACGUGGCACCUACAGAAUCAGAGGUUGGUUCGAUUACAGUUGGGGUUUUUUGUCAGCGAAGGGAAUCGCAAGAGAAAAAGAAAGCAUCGUAUCGAUUUAUGGGUAUACGAAACUUUGAAUUGUGAAACUACGGGUUUUGUUAAUCUGACCUAGGUGGUCAUGGUUUGUAGGAGCAACAGGCUCUGGUGCUUGGGAACGACAUUGCACAGGAGAGGCAUGUAUGCCGCCGAGAAAGUAUGAUGAUUGCGAUCGCGAUCACGUCUUUGCUCUUGGCAAAAAUCUCAUAUCUCGAUCAAAUAUUAUGCUCGUCUGCUGAAUACAUAAAAAAUGCCUGGCUGCAAGAUAUUCGGAACGUUACAAUUGAAAAAACAAGUUUUUGUUUUCUGGUGCUUGCCGAAGUCGAGUGCCAUAAAGGUGAUUGAGUUUUGCAGUAGUGCAUUUCAGAAUCAAUGCCAUAGCUCCAUUGUUUCCACAAGACAUUACAGAGUCCUGAUGUCGUACUUGGUAGGUGCUAGUACCGGCCAUUAAAUUUACUGACCAGGACUGAGCCAAGUUUGGCUCCGACAUUGCACUUCUUCUCACUUUCUUUCUUUACCCGGAAAAGCAGAGAAAAUUUGUAUAUUUGUCCCAUCACUUGUUUCCAGUCUCAUUGUAUUUGACUGAAGCAGAGUAAGCGAAUGAAGCAUACAAAAAGGCUAGAGACGCGUUUGGUUGGUCCAUGAAGGUUACUUCAAUUUGCGGAUAAUAUGAAUGGGGCAAUCUUCUCGGCAUUAAAAUUAGCAGCCCAACAGACCCAUCGCUGGUUUCUUUGAUUUAUUUUUGGCUUCGUAUUCAGUCUGGAUGUGUGGUGUGGGCAGUAUUUAAUAGAUUGGUCUUGUGCCAUUAGAGCAUAAAACAGCUUCUUGUAGUGGGAGAUCCAUGGAGGUGGAGCCUUCUUUAAGAGGUGGUAGUGGUGGUGGUGUUGUAGAAUCGCCACUCUUAGUUUCUUCUUCUUCUUCUUCUCUGCCAGACAUUCUUUCAAACAUGAACAUCUUUUCAUACAUGUGGAAGUCUUGGACGAUGUAAAUGAUACAAUUCUUGGUCGUGAGAAUUUUUGUGCUUUUUUGGUGGGUUCCCAUGAAUAGCUUGAUGCUGUGCUUGGGGUGGAAAAAUGGUGUCCGUAAUUUGAAUUACGAACUAGUACAGAAAAAUAUGGUUUAUGUGGGGUAUGAUUUUGGAGUUGCUCAAUGGCGCAUAUGUUUGGACAAAUUGUAGCCUCUUUAUUGCAUAAUGAUCUUCAAUUUGGUCUUAUCAACUAUAAUGUUGAAUAUGAAAGGAGUAUCUUAUGAUACUGGCAAUGGAUCGUUGCACUUCGCGGGCAUAAGUUCAAUCAUGGCCUCUGUAACUUUACGGAAAAUUUGAACGUUAUGCAAUAAAAGAGGCUUUUCUUGUCUAGACGUGCGUCGUUGGGUGAAAUUUUUGUACGUGUUCUCUUUGCUUGCACAAAGAUCACAUUUCUUUUUUUUUGCGUCGUUUACAAGUGGAAGUCUUGGACAGUAUACUCAGUACAAUUCUUGGUCAUGCAAGUAUUUUUUGUAGGUUCCUGUGAACAACUUAAUGUUGUGCUUUUAGCUGGAAAAUAUGGUGUCCGUGAUUUGAGUUGGGAAAUAGUUCUGAAAAAUAUGGUUAAUGUCGGGGA